AUGACCCCCAACACCCUCCGCCUGCGCCUCGUCGUUCGCCGUCAUGCCCUUCCCGAUGUGCGCAUCGUCUUCCCCGUACGCCUGGACAACGAUCCCACGAUCGCAAACCUCCUAGAGCAGGUCAACGACGUCAUCCCCCUCGAGAGCUAUGAGAGUAGUUGGGGAUUAGAGGAUUAUGCUGUUGAGCUGGAGAAUGGCUUUGAGCUACUGCAUUUUCAGAGCGUGGGAGAGGUGCUGAAGGAAGAUGAAGAGGUUUUCAUCCGUCCCCUCGAUACGAACGACUACCGCAAGCGCCGACUGGCGGGCCGCCACCAGAUAUCUGCGCAAGGCCGACGGCUGUACGACGGCGUCGCCUUCGGUCGUCCGCGUUUGAAGACCUCGCGUGAUAGACCCCCCGUUGAGAUCCCCCCGCUGAAGCGGCGCAGGAUUUCGUAUGAUCCGGAGGAGGAUCAAGAUGAUCAGUAUGACGAUUAUGACUACGAUAAUGGCUACCAAGACGAGGGACAAGAGCAAGAUGAGCAGGGGCAGCCGAGGCUGUUGCUCACCGAGCGUGGCGAGGGACAUCGCAAGAAGAGGGUCCGUGUUCGCUCGCCAACCCCAGAAGAGGAGGACGAGCAGGAUCGGGAAUAUGAUGGUAGCUCGGAACACGAGGAGCAUUACUCGGAUGAAGACAAUGACUCGCAUUAUAGUGAGAGCGAGGGCUGCUACCACUCCGGGCGGGACGAUGCCUCGAUCCAGUCUGAGCUCGAAGACGAGCUGCGCGGCCUGCGCGCUGACCAGGGCGAACCCUCACCUCGCUUGCCUUCUCGCUCUUCCUCGCACUCCCGCUUUCAUUCCUCCUCACAGCACGAGGACCAGGACGAAGACCUGGACAAAGACGAGCCCCACGAAUCCCCCACCGAAUCCGACCUGAACUACUCCCUCUCCAACAUAAUCCACCUGUUGCGUAAGACCUUCCCUGGUGCUACCUUCGAGACGUGUAAAAAAGCGCUUCGAGACAGCGACGGGGAUCUGAGGGAGACAUACGACCGGCUGCAAGAGAAAUACAAGCCCAAGAUAUCGCGGCGGGGACUGCUCAUGUUGGAUGAGAUAAAGGGGUGGAGCACACGGCAUGUUAGUUUGAAGGGGAGAGUGGGAAACGUGAAGAAGAUUCAUUCGAAGGAAGAAGAGGAUGCCCAACGGGAGGAGAGUGAGGGGGAUGAACACCAGCAACAGCAGCGGAAGAAGAAGAUACUGCGUAAGAUAAAGAAGAAGAAGGGAAAGAAGGCACAGAAGGAGGCUGAAGAUGCUGCCCCAGAGAACGAAGAGAGUGAUGUUGAGUCUGUUUCCUCCUUCAUUAAGCACUUUGACAAGCAUGGCUUUCCAAGCGGGUCGGUCCUGGAGGGGACGGCGGCCGCACAGAUGGUUGAGCAGAUGAGGAAGGAGGGGAAAGAGGUUAAGAUGCCGGUGCAUAUGCGGUUUGAUGAGGAUCUCUCCGACGAGUCUGCUGCCAGCGAGAAGAGUGAUGACGGCACGAGUGAGAGCCACAGAGACAGUGAGGAUAGUGGGCCGGAGGAGCAGUCGUCUAAGAGGUUUGUUGAGGGUCCUGGGACUGAGGAGUCUGACAAGGAGUCUGUUUCGAGUAAGAGCCAGAGUGAGAGUGAGAAUGAGAGUGAGAGUGAGAGUGAGAGCAGUAGCUCCAGCUCCAACGAGUCAAGCGAUAGCGAUCUCAGCAGCGAUGGGGACAACCACAGCGACAGCUCGGACAGCGAGAGCAGUAGCUCCAGCGAUAAGUCCAGCAAGAGUAGCAAGUCUAGCAAGAGUGAUAACUCCGAGUCUAGCGAUCGCAGCUCGCACCGCGUCCGGUCUAGGUCUGCCUCCAGCAGCAGCAGCAGUAGUAGCAGCAGCAGCAGCUCUUCUGCCAGCGCCAAACCUAGCCUGUCAGGUCCUUCAAAGAGCAGCAGCCUUAACCUCUCCGGCAGCUCAAAGAGCGAUAGCUCUAGCUCCAGCGAGAGUGAUAGUGACAGUGACAAAAGCGUCCGGUCAAGCUCCUCAGAGAGUGUCAGCGCCGCGGAUAGCGGCAGCUCAGUGUCAUCUAGCAGCGAGAGUGACUCCGAUUCCGAUUCGUCGUCCAGCUCUUCAUCUUCGUCCUCAUCCGGUUCGUCAGAGUCAGAGUCUGAAUCGGAUUCCUCUUCCAGCUCGGACAGCAGCAGCGCCAGCGAGAAGGAGUCCAAGAAGAGCCAUUCCAAGGCCACGUCUUCUCCUACGAAGGCUAGGGUAUCCAAGUCGCCAGAGGAAGCUCGCGCUAGUACUCAGUCCAAAUCUCAGGAUCUGCCCGCUUCGGCGCCCUUCUCGCGAGAUACAAAUCAGGUUCCGCAAGGCCAACAAAUGCCCGUACCCCCCGGGCAUGGCAAGGCAGCGACCAGGAAGAGGAAUGCCCGGCGGAGGACGCUUCUGCGUGCUAAGAAGGAGGAGGCUACCAGACGGGCUUUCGAGGGUCUCUCCGUGAGCGGAGAGGGCGACAACAUGGAGGUUGAGGAGUACGGGAGCAUUGAGGAGAGGAAGAGGGAGUUGUUGAAGAGCUUGCUUUCUUCAGAAGGACAGCUUGGCGCUCGCGAGCAGAGUGAUGAGCAAGCUACCAAGCAGGAUGGCAAUUCCCAGGCGGCCAGCUCUCCCCCCCGGCCUCUUACCAAGUCUGAUACCAAGCCGUCUAAGGAAGCUGCCCAGACGGAGCAGAAGGCCGACGACCCCGACGCCUGGCGCUCCAAAAUCAUCUACCGCGCCGUCGAGUGCGUGCAGGAAGGCGUCGAGCUUAGCGAGCCUCCCUUCCCGUUCAAGCAGCGCUGGGACCCGCAGCAGCAGUUCUGGGUUAGCAAGGAUAAGUACGGCCAGAACGGGCGGGGGAAGCGCAAGCAGCAAGGGGGUUAUGAAGAUGAAGAGAGUUAUGCGGGUGUUAAGCGGAGGAGAUAUACUCAAGAGGAGGAGGUUGAGGACUUUGAGGAGAAGAGGGGCGGGAAGCACCGCCAUCCUGAUGAGCUCGCGGCUGGGGAGGACGAGCUGAAUUAUGAUGAUGAGCCUCAAGAGGAGCUGAAUUACGAUGAGCCUGAGCAGGAGCGCAAUUACGACUAUCUCCCGAAGGCCACUUCCCAGGAUGAAUCCGAGGAAGAAGACCUCCCCUUCCCCCCUGCCGACCCCUCCGUCCUCCCACCCUUCAACCCCGACACUGCCAUCCCUGGCAUGAUCCUCACCUGGAAUCAGCUCAUCCUCUCCAAGGCGACGAGUUGGCAACCUCAAAUCUGCAGGCGCACGGGCAAGAUUGUUGAGGUCCAGGGCGAUGGGUUGCUGAAAGUGCGGCUCGCCAAGAGGGAUCGGUGGGUGGAUAUGAAUAAGAGGGAGUAUGAUCUGGAGGGGAAUCGCGUGUGGGGGAGGUUUGAGGCGCCCGAGAUGGAUGAGGAAGACGAAGAAGAGAUGGAGAGGGGGUUUAGGAUGGUGAAUGUGGUUGAUAUGAUGGAUGCUAGAGUGUUAAAAGGGGCGAAGGGGCAACCUCAGGGCAAAUCUGAGGACAAGCAGAAGGUCGAUGCUGAGAACGCCGAGACUGAAGAAGUUAAGAAAGGCGAGACUGACAAGACACAGGCUGAAAUGACCAACGAAAACGAGGCCGAGCAGGCUCAAAAGCCCUGGGAUCAGAAGCUCGACUUUGAGAAAGCUGAUACCCCCAAAGCCGUCCCCUCCACCGCGACCGAAGGAGCCUCCAAAGAGGCCUCCUCCGCCAACUCACCUGAUUCCAAACCCCAGGACGACACCCUCCCCGCUCAGCCUGCCUCCGCGGUAGUAGAGAUCUCCGAAGAUCGCCACCGCGAUAUCAGCCAACUCAUCAGCGAAGCCGGCUUCCGCAAGGAUCUGGACCCGUCCCUUCUGACAAAGAGCACGACUGUCACACUGGACUUGAGCAGUCCCUCGCGGCAGGCCGAUAGCAGCGCACCUGUGUCUGCUGGCGCGGCUAAUUCCGGGGCGUCGAGUCCCCGGAAAGGACUCGGCCCUCGAAAAGAGCUCAAUCCUAUUCUCAGGGAGAACAGUCCGCUGAAGAGCCCCCGCAAGGCGGCGUCGCAGGUGAAUAUUUGGCAGAGUUCGAAUCUGAAUGAUGUGGACUCACAGCCGGUUAUUCUAGAGUCGUUUAAGGCAUUCUCGGAUGCCGUUACUGAGCAAGAGCACCAGGACAAGGAGAGUGGGCAUAUGAGCUAUCCGAAACUGGAGGUCCCGCCGUCGGAUCCGGUUAAUGUCCGCUCUACGAGGCAGGUCGUUGAUCCGGAUUUUAGUAUUGAGCUCGGAGGCGAGCUUGGAGAGGAAACGGUUGUGGUGACUCUGCCGACACCCAAGAAGGCUAGUAAAAAAGAAGCCGAAUUGAAUGCAGAUGUGCCCAUGCCGACGAAGGAGAUGAAUAGGACAGCUGAUGCUGCUAAGACGGCUACGGAUGAGUCUCCCCUGUGUCUGAAGCAGGGGUGCAAGUCUAAGGGCAAGGGCAGCAAGCUGAUUAGUGACGAUGAAGAGCUGCUCAGCCCAAAGAAGGAGCGCAAGGUUAAGACCGCUCUUCGGCUCAGCGGUGUUGACGAUAUCGAUCACGAUCUGAGCCCUUCGCCCUGCAGCCCCCUUCCUGACGGCUCUUACUCCGACUCAAACCUGCCCAUGCUUCCGAUCAAGAGAGAAGGCGUCAAGACAAAGUCUUCCAAGAAGGACAAGAAACUUGACUCGGACAACGACGACGGCGACUCCUAUGAAAAAGCAAUGCGCCAACUUGAGUCCAGCUCUUUCAUCUCCGAUCCUAUCUCUGACAACGACAAUGACGAGUUCAAAGCCCGCGGCAAGCAGUCCCAUCUGGUAAAGAAACUCACCAAGUCCAUCGAGCGCCCUGCCACGAAGAAGUCCCAGCCUUCGACGCGCCUGCCGUCGCCUACCAAGCCCGUGGGCAACGCCCGCUCCGCUUCGAUAUCUUUUACCUCUACCGCGAAGAAUUCCUCUGCAGUCGGGAGCCAGAUAUCCCGCGGCACAUCCACACAGCCCCACUCCCAGCCCAUCCCCGCCUCGCAGUUCGUCAUUCCCGAAGGCUCGCAGGUCAUUUCCCUUAUCUCUUCCUCCCCCGAACCAGAGUUUGAACCGCUUGAGGAGCAUUAUGCGGAAGAGGAUAUCGAUGAUACGUGGGAGCCGGGACGGGACAUUGUGGGGUCGGGGUGGGUAAGUAAACCUGCUACUAGUAAGAAGGGGACAGGGAGGGCGGUGCCGCCUUCGUCGAAUUUUCCGUCUGCAUCGGCGCCUGCUAAGAGGAAUGCCGCGGUGUUAUCGUCGUCCUCCUCCCAGCCCGUUGGGGGUACUUCUGCUUCUGCCAGAAAGGCGGGGACCGCGUCGUAUAAGGGAAGUAAAAAGGUUGGGAAGUAG